ACUUGGAGGACUUACCUUCGUGAACCACAACACCACGUGGUUUUGUGACGAAGAUUUACCACAGAAUUUAUCAACACGUCCAAGUAAGAUGGGUUCUCUGACGCCCACAGGACACGUUUGGGCGUUCCUGUCUGUCGGCGCAGCAGUCUUGUGUUGCUCCGGUUGUUAUCUACCCUACUGGAUACAGGGCAAAUUACUCGGCAGAGUGGAUGCUUCCUUCAACAGCUUCAGAAGAUGCAACUUCCCCAGGAGUUCACCCCAGGGAACAGUAGACAUCGUCAUACAAUGUGCAAGAUACUCCAGAUGGAAGGACAUCCCCAGUGUAUGGUGGCAAGCAUCUACAGUUCUGGUGGCUGUGGGAUGUGUCCUCAGCAUCAUAGUGGCAGUGGUCGCCACGUCAGCAUGCUGUCUUGAUCACGUUAUCCAUACAACCACAGCUAAGCUAGCUGGCUACAUGCAGCUGUUAGCAAGUCUGGUGGUGAGUGGAGGGGUGGCCAUCUACCCUCUAGGUUUGGACAACAGGGAGGUCAGGGAUUGUUGUGGUCCUGGUGCACAUGCCUUCAGUCUGGGUAACUGUCGGGUGUCCUACUCAGUAUACCUAGUCGUCGCCGCACUUCUGCUACUCCUCGUAUGUUUCUCCCUCAACCCCAUGAUAGCCAGAAGCUGACCUUCCCUGCCCUUGGGGUUGACCUCCAAGCUGCUCAUGGAGACAUCCACCCAGCUAUAGUGUCCCAGGAAGUCUCCUACAGGAUGCCACAUCCGUUGGAAGCUAUAGAAUUUCUAGCUGAACGUUCAACUCUUUCUCAGUGUGCAUCUAAGAAAAGAAAUCAGCUUGUAAAAAAAUCCGAACUGGAAAGUAUUUACAAAAUUAAUAUUCAAGCUAAGUUUGUGGAACGUUUGAUAAACGAAAUGAUUUUUAUAGUUCCUGAGUAGGCACAGUGAGGAGUGCAGUGUCUCGAUGAUCGGACAAUGAGUGAAUUUCACUUUCCGUGGUAAACAAUCUUCGUAAAUAUAUUUUUCUGGUUUUUAUAAAGCUUUUUUUAGAUAGUUCAUAACGAUUGAUGUGCCGCAAAACUUUACAAAGUGGUUAAUUCAACCGAUAGAAAAUGUACACCUAUUAAUUUAAAAACUUGGAAAGG